AUGUAUUAUAAAGCUGAGCGUCCCAACUUUGUGGGUGUUAUUAGUCUAAUGAGCGAUUAUCACACCAAGAGUAUUGCGGACCUCAAGGCCAUCCUCUCAUCCCGAGGACUAAAAACCACUGGCACUAAGUCUGUACUAAUUCAAAGGCUUGAGGAAAAUGAUGCUACAGAAUCUGUCCCUAGCACCGAGUCUGCCACUACGGCCACCGGCACGAAAGGUACCACACUAGACAGUACUAAUUCUUAUAGCAAGCCUACAAAGAUUACCCUUGAGAAUAUCGGACAAAUGUCACUGGAGGAAAGGAUUGAGGCGAGGCGCAAACGCUUCGGCACAGACACUCUUAGUUACAAAUUAGAACAGCGGAAGAAUCGCUUUGGUAUUGUUGCACCAAAUAGUAAUAAAAUUUACACCAGUAAUAAUAAUGUCGAAAGCAAUAGAAAAAUUGUGAUAUCAUAA